CUUAGUAUUAAAUUUUUGUGUCGAUGCCGAUUGAUUGAGGAUAUUUCUUGCGUUUAAAUAUAACGGACAAUCUAAGACUAUGUGCUUGAUUGAGAGCGGUUCGUUGCAUUGGCUACAGAGAGGUAACCUCAGAGGUUGUUCUUCAUGUUUUAUGAUAUGUAUGUGUGUGAGGUUAGUAUGACUUAUUAGUUAUUCUUGUUCUGGUGUUGAUAACGUUGAAACGUCUAGAGGCGUUGGGCGAGUAAACCAUUGAGUUAUUUUCUUUUUUAUUAAUUUUAAUUUGAGAUAGGUAUUUCAUCCCAGGAUGUUUGCCACAUAUUGGUAGUAUAUUAUAUUAUAUUGAGGCGACACAAGCUGUAUGUGGUCAAUUAUGUUAAAUUUACAACAUUUUGGUGUGAUAUUCUUUGACUCAAAUAACGAUGAUAAUAUAUAUAAAACUGCAUACUCUAUAAUGUUAUUUACCACUGGCAUAAUUCAAGUUUCUAUGUAUCCUUUUGUAAGCCAUAAGUUUGACGACUGGUCUGAGGUGUUUUCCAUGUCUUUCACAGCAGUGACAUGUAGUGCGGGAAUCAUAACUUCAUUGCUAUCAAAAUUGAUCAUUCUGUACAACGUCAAGUAUAAAAAAUAUCAAAAAUAUAAGACGACAUUAGAAGGAUUUGAGAUUUAUAUACCAUUGAACACAGUCGCUAUGAAACACAUCAAAUAUUUUUCUUUUACCAUGAUUUCCUUGUGUUUAAUUAUAAUCGUACCUAUAAAUGGCCUGAAGUUAAUUUAUUUAUUUAAUAAUCACACCAAUCCUAUUUUGAUGACUACAUUUUUUUUUUUCUAUUACAUUCACAACCUGAGCAUGACUUUUACGGAAUUGCACUUUGCCAUCCAGUGUUUUGUAGUGUACACGAAGUUUCAAGAUAUAAACAAGGAGUUAAUUCAAAUAAAUGAUGAACAUAACUACCACAACUACAAUGUACGAUAUCCGUUUAUUGCAAGCAGAGUGGAAACUUCAAAGAAUAGAGAAGAGAUGUCACCGUCUAGUAUGAUUAUAUAUGAAAAAGAUUUUUACUGUCCAAAGGACAAAAUAUACCCAUUGGCGAACACUAUCGAGCUUUUAAGAAUUAAACAUUGGUUAUCUCGGGAAGCAAUCAACGACCUAAAAUGUUUGUUCGGCGUUCCAAUGUGCCUGUCGAUCAUUACUUUAGCAAUUACAUUAUUAUUCGACAUAUAUGCUGAUGUAUUUCAUUCAUCCCUAAGUAUGUCAUUUAAUAAAUCAGUAUUUCGAACAAACAUCUUAUUCAUUGGGUGGAUGCUACAAUAUUCCUUAAGAUUAUGUCUUAUAAUUGUCACAACACACGCUACAAUACGGCAGGCGAUUAAAACCAAAAAGUUAAUAACAAAAAUGAACAAUCGACACACAGAUAUUAAUACGAAAGAAGAGCUACAAUUAUUUUAUAAUCAAUUAACUGUCUGUUCAUCCGAGUUCACCAUUUGCGACAUUUUGACUAUAGAAAAUAGUCUCCUAACUUCGAUAUGGUCUGCUGGUGCAACAUAUAUACUUAUACUAGUACAAUUUCAUUCGGACAGAACAAGGAAAUAAAAAGAACAUUAUUUAUGUUCACACAGUCCAAGAAUUAAAACUGGUAGGGUAUUUGUAUGCAAAAUAAAAUUAUAUUUUAUUAUUAUAGCCUAAAUGUAUCAUUUUCUAUAUUACC